UUUUUUGGUUGUAUUUUGCAGUAAAACCUAAAAGAAGACUGAGCUGAUAAUACUGAGGAUGAGCAUAUAGUUCGUCAUUAAAAUUCUAAUGUACUCACAGCAAGCAAGAAAAGAUGUCCAACAAUGCAGCUCCCACUCCUAACGAGGAGCAAUCACAGUCGCAAGGCUACCCAACAGGGCCUCUCUCUUACCCUAAACCCGAAGCUGAAUACCAAGAAAUUCUUCAAAAUUCACAACUUUUUUGGAACAAACUUCAGCAAUUCUCUGCAUCCUUAUCUUCCAAUUUCCAGAUCCCUCUUGUAGCAGGAACACCACUAGAUCUUCACCGUCUUUUUAUUGAGGUUACAUCUCGAGGUGGAAUAGAAAAGGUUAUUAGAGACCGAAAAUGGGGAGAGGUGAAAGGAAUAUUCAGAUUUCCAUCUUCUGUCACCAAUGCUUCAUUUGUCUUGCGGAAGUACUAUCUAUCCAUGCUUUAUCAUUUUGAGCAGGUUUAUUACUUUCGGAAAGAAGAACCUUCUGUUUCUGCGGCUGGUUGUUUUGUAUCUUUUUCAGAUCCUACAGAUAGAAAUGUCAGUGAUUCUGCAGCUGAAAAUGAUAGUGCUGCUACAGAUCAAUGUUCAGUGAGUUAUAAUCCGGAGGCUGGGAAUUCACUGGUAGGAACAAUUGAUGCAAAGUUUGAUUACGGUUAUGUAAUCACUGUGAAGCUGGGCUCAGAGAAUUUAAAUGGUGUACUAUAUCAUACAACUGCAUUACCACAACAAUUCCAGAAGAUUAAAACUUCGGCUAUGCCUUCCCAACGGAUUAGGAAAAGACGCCAGUUGGCUUUGAAGGACCCCUCUCGACCCAAGACAAAUCGAAGUGGUUAUAAUUUUUUCUUUGCUGAGCAUUAUGCCAGGCUGAAGCCUUCAUAUCAGGGGCAAGAGAGAGCUAUCAGCAAAAGGAUUGGGCUUCUCUGGAGUCGACUCACAGAGGCCGAGAAACAGGUUUAUCAGGAAAAGGGUGUGAGAGAUAAGGAGAGAUACAGGGCUGAGAUGCUGGAAUACAAGACAUCCAAUGCACAACCGCAGUAGGCUGAUAUUGCACAUCUAUGUUUCCGCAUCUUUCUUUCUUGUUUUAGGAAAUUGUCGAUGUUUUCAUAGGCGGUAUUUGACUUCGAUGAAUUUGUGCAAGUAUUUGGCUCUUUACUUUUUUUUACUGUUCUUUUACUUUCUUCUUGGAGUCUGUUUCUUUUGGACCAAUUAACAAUACCAUUUAAGUUAGAUAUUCUGCACUUUUAAGUAAUGCGUUUCUAUA